GAAGAAUGUGUUGCAGUCCACUAGUUAACUAAGUGCGAGUCUGCAUCACCACGUACGUCCGCAGUGUUUAUUAAUAAACGCAUUUUCAUGGAAAUAGUUUGGAAGAUAUUUAACAGAUAAAAUGUCGAACAAAUUGUACUUUUGGGACGACGGCAAGGACGAUAUUGAAAGAAAUAAAGCCGAGGGCCCUAAAUUGAUCCAACAGAAUGCAGGAAACGACGAUAGCAAAAGGGUUAGUUAUCGACCACCUGUGGCGGAGGAAGACGAUAGAGGAGGAUGGGGAAAUAAGCUUGACUUCUUAAUGUCUUGUAUUAGCCUGUCGGUGGGUCUCGGAAACGUUUGGCGGUUUCCUUAUUUAUGCUAUAAAAAUGGCGGAGGAGCCUUUUUAAUAACUUAUUCGAUAUCGAUGAUAUUCUGCGGAAUUCCGUUGUUCUUUCAAGAAGUCGCGAUCGGACAGUACUUGGGAUCAGGUGGGAUGACGUUCGUGGGUCAACUGUGUCCCAUUUUGAAGGGUGUCGGAUUCGCAACCAUGACAAUAGUGUUCCUCCUGGACGUGUAUUAUUGUAUUAUUAUUGCGUGGACAUUGUUUUAUAUAAUCAGCACGUUUUCUGCGUUACCAAAACUUCCGUGGGCAGGAUGCGAAAACUGGUGGAAUACCGAACAGUGUUAUUCAAGUCUUCACAAUAUCAGCGAAAAAGUGAAUAAGAGUUCGUCCCCAGUCGAAGAAUUUUUCGAGCGAAAAGUGCUCGGAAUGACAAAUCCAAAUCCCCUGGAUAUACAAUGGGGACUUUUCGUAUGUCUGCUCAUCGGAUGGUUGCUGGUUUACUUUGUUGUACGAAAAGGAUUGCACCAGAGUGGAAAGGUAAUUUGGUUCUCUGCGCUAUUCCCCUACGUAAUAUUGCUCAUCAUGCUCGUGCGGGCUGUGACUCUUGAGGGCGCAGGCGAUGGUCUGCUUUAUUACGUAACGCCCCGUUGGGAGGUUUUAUCAACUCCAGGGCCGUGGAUGGACGGGGCAUCGCAAAUAUUCUUUGCUUACAGCAUCGGAUGCGGCGCAUUGCCUGCUCUUGGAUCUUACAAUAAAUUCCAUCACAAUUCGUAUAAAGACGCGAUAAUUACCUGCAUCAUCAACACGUUAACAUCGGUCCUUGCCGGAAUAGUUACAUUCUCCAUCCUUGGCCAUUUAGCACACGAGCAACACUCGGAUGUGGGAGAUGUGGUUAAGAGUGGCCCCGGGCUUGUUUUUUUAACCUACCCGGAAGUAGUCCUUAAAUUACCCGGAUCGCCGUUCUGGGCAGCGACGUUUUUCAUCAUGCUGGUGCUUCUUGGUAUUGACAGCGAGUUCUGUCUGGUCGAGUCGUUUAUAACGGGAUUGAUCGAUAAUUGGUCAACUCAGCUUAGACCGCGCAGGCAAAUGUUUACUGCUCUAAUUUGUCUGGUCAUGUUCCUGCUCGGAAUACCAAUGGUCACCCAUGGAGGGAUGUACAUUUUCCAAUUAAUGGAUUAUUAUUCGGCAAGCGGGAUGUCGCUGCUGUGGGUUUGUUUUUUCCAAACCGUGGCAAUCUCGUGGGUAUUCGGCGUUGACAAAUUAAGCGAUUGCGUCGAACAGAUGAUGGGACUCAGGCCCAAUUGUUUCUGGAGGAUUUGCUGGAAAUAUUUUGCUCCGGCCGUCAUUUUGGUGAUCUUCGUUGGACAAUGCCUGGAAUAUCAGACUCUGCGUUACGGCGAAUACAAAUAUCCCUUUUGGGCUAACGUCCUGGGAUUUGGAAUUAGCCUAUCUUCGAUGUUAUGGGUUCCUUUAUAUGCCGUCUUCUACGCAUUUUGUCAGCCAAGUUCUAUUUUAAAGAACUUGAGAAAUGGACUGGUACCGACUAUAAAGCAGAGGAAGAUUUCCGUGUGCGAUAAGUCAACCGGGCAACUAAUUACGCAGAGUAGUGUGGGGUUAAUAACGCCGUCUCCUUCUUUUUUUGAAACUACUAAACCAGAAGAUUCCUGACCAGAAGAUAGUUCCUCAUACCUUAUCUGUAUUACUAGCUUAUGAUAUUUAAAUAAAUAUUUUUGUGAUUCUAGUUUGUUGUUUAUAGAUGAAGUUUUCUUGAAAUAAAUA